AACAAAUAUGGCGGAGUCAAAUGGUGAUAAAACUCAACACGAACCGGACGACAACAAAUUAUUUAAAGCGAAAUUAGCUUUUCUUUUUGGAGUUACGUUUGCAUCCGUUAUCGGGGGAUUUGGUUUGGCUCUUGGCGUUGCACGAAAGCGUUCACCAACGUCGUUUUCUGGCCACGUUCACGAUGAAGGAGCGAAGCUGGCAAUGAGAGCAUUUGGCUGGGGCACCCUUAUAUCAGUCAGUGGUGUUACAGCCAUUGGUAUCAUUGGAAAGUCAGCGUAUGAAUUGAAAAAGGUUGUUUUCAAUUGAA